UCCAACACGAGCGAGCGACGUCGGUAUGGAGUUAUGGAGACCGCGAAUCCGGAUACUGAUUUCCACUGCAUUUCCGCGAUCCUGUCAUGCCUCGCUCUGUCGGCGGUCUACGUCGCGAGCCUCUACGUCUGGAAUUCGCCGAACAUCAGUGAUCAUCCAAGCACGAUAAAGAGAAGGUUUAUUAGUGUUUUCAUUAUGUCAUAUAUUUCUCCCACGUUCAUGUACUUUGGGAUGAAUGAAACAAAUUUACAGAAGGCAACAAUUUGGGAGCUGUUAGGUUUAAGGUGGUCGGGUCUGCUUCAAGCAAUCGUGAUCCCAUGGAUCCUUACGAUGAUUUUAUUCCUAGGACCAUUAUGCAUGCAGGGUCUUAAUGGGUUGUGGCGAUUAUAUACUGAACCGAUGUACUGGUUAGGCAACGCUAAGACGUUAAAGUGGUGGAGAAAUCAAGUGGUUGCUCCUCUAUCAGAAGAGUGGACAUUCAGAGCGUGCAUGCUGCCAUUGCUCUUACAAUGUUUUGCCCCAACAACUGUCAUUUUUAUAUGUCCAUUGUUUUUUGGAUUAGCACAUUUUCAUCAUAUCAUGGAACGAAGAAAGUUGGGGAUACAGCUGAAGCACGUUUUGGUUAUGUCCUGUUUUCAGUUUGCCCAGACAACGAUAUUUGGAGCAUAUGCUGCUUUCUUGUUCAUAAAGACUGGUCAUUUAGUAGCACCUGUCGUUGCCCAUUCAUUUUGUAACCAUAUGGGUGUCCCCAAUGUUAUGGAAAUUGCCACAUACAAGGAUCCAUUCAAGAGAGUUGGGCUGUUUUCCUUGUUUGUAUUUGGAUUACUAGCGUGGUGCUUCUUACUUACACCUUUGACGAAUCCAACGUUUUUUAACAAUAACUUAUUCUGGCACAAACAGUUGCUAUGAAAUGUUUAACUUUAUUAUCAAUAAUAGAAUGAAUUGAGGAUUUUUAUUAUAAACUAAAAAAUUGUAUUAGGAAUAAUGAUGCAUCUGCAUCGCAGGUGCUCCUAGCUCUUCGAUAACUUGAAUAAUUUGUACUUCUAUAAAAAAUGUAUCACUUUGAUCACAGUUCAAACCAUUCUUCUUAGGCUGUUAAUGUUGGAUACGCUUUGUCUACAACGUAUAGUCCGUGAGUUAACUAAUAUUACUGAUGUAUUUAUAGUUAUGCGUAUUACUAAUUAUAAAAGUACCGUAAAGCCUCGAAAAAGUUACACAAUCUUUUUUGUGUGUAAUAUCGAAUGUCAAAGAGUGCGUUAGAAUGAAGAUGAUAACUGAGCGAACCGGAAACAUGCCAAAACUGACGAUUUAUGACUCGCUAUUAGCGAUUAAAACAUUACUUGUUAUAACAUUGUAACGUUAAGAAUUUGUACCUUAUUCUAUUUUAAAUAUCUUAAAACAGAACCACGUCUCUAUAUAUAUUUAAUGGUAUCACCUGUCAGAGAAUCAGAGAUACCGAUUAUGUACUUCAGUACCCUACACAUGUGUUUGUACAUAUGUAGCGUAAUAUGACAGAACUAGAGUAAUUCAUAAUGAGAUAUGUAAUUCUGAGUAUAUAAUACUCAGAAACGGUUUUAUAUUUUUAAUUGACUUCAUUCUUACUUCUAACCACCUUUUCUGUAAAUCACAAUAACAACAGUUACAACAGUACGAUAUUAUAUUUUAAACAUUUGUAUUCAGCGCAAACGUAACAAAAAUAUAUAAGUACUUAUAUUUUA